UUGAAGCGAUCAAAUCAAUUAAAAAUGGGUGGUGGUGCAAUUAUUGAUAGUAAUAAUGGGAAAGAAUAUCUGAAAAACUGGCAUGAAGAGUUGUAUGGAGUUGCAUGGUUGGUGCAUCAGGAGGUUUAAUAUUUGGAUAUGAUCUUGGAAUUUCAGGUGGACUCACCUCCAUGGAUUCAUUCCUAAACCAAUUCUUUCCAUCCGUUUAUGCAAAACAAAAUUCAAUGACAAUCUCAGAUGAUCAAUAUUGUAAAUUCGACAGCCAACUCCUAACACUCUUCACAUCAUCACUAUACGUAGCAUCUUUGGUAUCUUCCAUUGGAGCCUCCAAAAUACCAAGACUUUUGGGAAGAAGAGUCACUAUGCUUUGGGGUGGAAUCCUCUUUCUCAUUGGAGCAAUUCUCAAUGCAUCUGCCCAAAACAUUUGGAUGCUCAUUCUUGGAAGACUCUUCUUGGGAUUUGGCAUUGGCUGUGCUAAUCAGUCUGUCCCAAUUUAUGUCUCUGAGAUGGCCCCAUACAAGUACCGUGGAGCUCUCAACAUGCUAUUCCAGCUUACCAUCACCAUUGGAAUAUUGGUAGCCAAUUUGUUAAACUACUUCUUCGCCAAGAUAGAAGGCGGUUGGGGAUGGCGCCUCAGCUUAGGCGGAGCCGCCGUGCCUGCUCUGCUAAUCAUAGCUGGAAGCUUAACCCUACCUGACACUCCUAACUCCUUGAUUGAGCGUGGAAAACAGGACGAGGCUAAGGACCAGCUCACCAAAAUCAGAGGAGUGGCCAAUGUAGAGGAAGAGUUCAAUGACUUAGUCAGUGCAAGUGAAGCGUCAAAGAAAGUUAAACACCCUUGGAGAACUCUUUUGCAAAAGAAGUACAGACCCCAAUUAGCAUUUGCAAUUGCAAUCCCAGCUUUUCAACAACUUACGGGAAUGAAUGUGAUCACAUUAUACGCCCCUGUUUUAUUUAAGACCAUUGGGUUUGGAAGCAGUGCCUCGCUCAUGUCCGCGGUCAUCACGGGCCUAGUUAACACACUCGCCACCUUCGUCUCGAUCCUAACCGUCGAUAAGUUUGGGAGAAGGACUCUGUUCUUGGAAGGGGGAGUACAGAUGUUCCUUUGCCAAGUUAUCAUUACAAUUGCGUUGAAGUUUGGUGUGAGCGGCAACCCGGGCGUUCUUCCCAACUGGUAUGCAUAUGGAUUGGUGUUCUUUAUCUGUGUCUACGUGGCGGGAUUCGCUUGGUCGUGGGGUCUGUUAGGGUGGUUAGUUUCUAGUGAAAUAUUCCCUCUGGAGGUUCGAUCAGCGGCUCAGAGUGUUAACGUGUCGGUGAACAUGAUCUUCACUUUGUGUAUUGCUCAGCUGUUCACAACCAUGCUUUGUCACCUUAAGUUUGGUCUGUUUAUUUUCUUUGCGGUGUUCGUGGUGAUCAUGACUGGGUUUAUCUACAUGUUACUUCCGGAGACUAAGGGAGUUCCUAUUGAUGAAAUGUCUAUCGUGUGGCGUAAACAUCCUUAUUGGCAAAAAUAUUAUGAUGAUGAUGAUCAACAACACAGAGUUGUCCCACCAAACUUGGAGAUGGUUUAAGUUGCAAAGUUUUCUUGAUGGGAAGUAACAUGUAGAUAACUAUUCUAUUUUUUAUCAAAUAAGUAGGGUUAUCCAACGGCCAAAAAGUAAAAUUCUUGUAUUGUUGAGGCAAGUAGACAAGUAGAAGAUUGUUUAAGGGUUUUACUCCCUCUUUCUCCUCUUCGGUUCAAAAUCUUAUCCUCAAAUACAAAAUAAAUAAAUAAAUAAUUGAGGGUGCAUGUGAAAAUUGCCUUUGAUUAGAAACAAGAUAUUAUUUAUUUCUCUAUACAUAAA